AUGAAGCUUUUAACAGUUUUUAAUACAGUUGUUUUAUUUUUAACCACUUGCGUACUUUCCAAUAAAGCACCUAAAGUCAAGAAAAAUCCCACCAAUAUAGUAGCAGUUGCCGAUUUCCCCUUUGGUGGAAACAAAGAUGUAAAAGGGAACGUUGUAUUUACGGCAUCUCAAGGCAAAUAUGUUAAUGUUCACGUUGAUAUGACUGGGUUCCCUGAAGAUUGUGGCCCUUUUUACUACCACAUUCAUGAAAGGUCUGUACCUGAAAACGGAAAUUGCGAAGCUUGCGGAUUACACUUCAAUCCGUAUGAAGCUAAUGCCGACUGUUCAAGUCAAAAAAAUGACGGAUAUUGUCAAGUUGGUGAUUUAUCGGGAAAGCAUGGAGUGAUCAAUUCCACUUGCUAUGAUGCCAAAUAUACCGAUGAAUUUUUAAGCUUGAAUAAAAAAUCAAAGAGCUAUAUUGUUGGUAAAAGUGUAGUUUUUCAUUACCCCAAUAUGACUAAAUUGGCAUGUGCCGACAUUGAAUUGGCUAACGAUUUAAGAAUUCAAAGUUUAAUUGAUGACUAUAUACAAAGCGAUGACACCGUGCAAAUUAAUGAGUUGAAACAAUUGUCGUUUGCCGAUCAAGACUACCAUUUUGACGAAUUGGAAGCAUUGCUGAUGGAAACUUAUGAUAAUGACCCUGAAGGUGAAACUGCUACGAAUGUAAACAUAAAUGCAGCUGAUGAUAAUGAUAAAGGAGGUAGUACCUUGAAAAACCUUAUUCAAGAUGUUAAAAUCUUACCUCAGAAACUAGUCAACAAGACCAAAAACCACUGGUCAAAACAAGAUGAAGAUGAGUUUGAAAAGACAAGAUUAGAAAGAAUCCGGGCUCAGAAUCUUUACAAACAAGGUGAACCAAAAUCAACUUCGAAAUUGGACAAAUAUCAAAAUUACUCAAACGUGUCUGUUCAUGGGAUCUCAAGUGAUUGCGCUAACAACGCAGGUUCAAUCUCUAUCUUGGAUACAGUGUUUGGUGGAUUUAUAACUGCGUUAUUUGCAGUGAUAUUGCUUUGA